CAGCGGUUCCCGAAAAAAAGCCACGCUUUCGACUCCCCUGUCCGCUCUCCUUGUCAAUGCAUUUACACAAUCGCGACUGACCUGAACCCGGCAUCUAGCAUCAGAACGCUAUAGAAAUCGUUCUCCCAUCAGGGUCUGUGAUCCCAAUAACGACCAAUUAUUUGUCGCCGACCUAUCGCCCGGCUUCUCCUUGUCCAGCUUCAACAAACCUUGACGUUGUCACGGACACCGCCUUUGCCUCGUUGCGUCACUAGUACAUUCCCCGGCCCUUCGCAACGAAAGGUCGACCAACCAGACGAUCCGACGUUUAGAUUUUACAAAAGCACGUUUCGCCUUGAUUCUCGAAGAUAGUCAUCGACAACACCCUUUUAAAGUAUUUGAGACUAGAAUCAUAAGACAAAGGGCACAUCAUGCCCGCAGCCACAACCUCUGGGGCUGAUGCCUCAAACGGAUCGUCCGCCCACAACCGCCAGCACAACCAGGGCAACCAAGAGCGCAAAUACACAGCCGAGCAGAAGGCUGCGGUCCUGCGAAUCCGGAAAUGCGAACCCACCGCCUUUUACGAGAUCCUCGAGGUGUCCAAGACAUGUACCGACGCCGAGAUCAAGAAGGCCUACCGCAAGCAGUCCCUGCUGACACAUCCGGACAAGAACGGCCACGAGCACGCCGACGAGGCAUUCAAAAUGGUGUCGCGCGCCUUCAGCGUUCUGGGUGACAAGGAGAAACGCGACAAGUAUGACCGCUUCGGAACCGACCCGGACAGUAGGUUUGCCAGCGCGCAGCAGCAGAAUCCGUUUGCCGGCUUUGCAAAUAGGGGAGCAGCAAGGGCGCAUCAGGGAGGCAUGUGGGGAGACGACGCAGACAUCAGCCCCGAGGAAAUGUUUGCGAGGUUCUUUGGCGGGGGAGGUUUUGGUGGGGGUCCCUUCGGAGCCGCUUUCGACGGAGGGCCGCAGUUCGUCUUCAACUUUGGCGGCGGGCCUGGUAUUCGGGUGCACCAAUUCGGCGGAGGAAGGCCCAGGACUCGUCCUCGGCAGGCUGGACAGCAACAAGAAGGAGGCAAUAGUAUGUGGAGCACAUUGAUGAGCCUCUUGCCCAUCAUUAUUCUCUUCAUCUUCCCCAUGAUCUCCUCGCUAUUUUCCGGAGCAACAACGGGGCCAUCAACACCGGCCAUGGCUUUUGAGCAGGCCAUACCCCCUUACACAAUGGCACGUAAAAUGCCCAACGUCAAGGUCAAUUACUAUGUCAACCCAAACGACGUCAGGCAUUAUUCUGCCUCGAAGCUGUACAACUUGGAUCAGAGGGCCGAGCACAUCUUUGUGCAGCAGCUACAGCAACAGUGCGAACGAGAGAUGACAGAGAAGCGGCGGUUGAUCGAGGAGGCCCAGGGGUGGUUCCGUACAGAUCAAGAGAAGUUGGCCAAGGCCGAAAGGUUCGAGACACCAGCUUGUAUCAGGAUCAAGAACCUUUAUUCUCCAGGAUCGAAAUACUAAAACGGAGGUUGAUAUCUGCCUUGCGGAGAGGGUCGUCGUGAUGUGGAGGCUGUUUGUGUUGGGCCCAAACGCUGGGUAGUAUUAGUGAGCUGUAGGCAUAGCAUGCAGUUCCGUGGGAGACCUUCUUGAGUAGACCAACAGACGGAGUGGACGUCGAAACGUAUACUUGAUGCGUACUGGCUAACGUCUUAUGAGAAAUGAUGUUUGUGUAAUCCUAAUUCAAAUAUCUGUGUAUUUACAUGGGGUUCCUGGUCACUGCUUCUUCAUGACAUUCUUACCUUUGAAUCGGGAAAUGGCCAUAAGUGUUGAGACUGCUGAGGGCCGUGGGCCAUGGCCUAGGAUAAGCCAUUGUACCUACUAGCAAUUCUCU